AAAAAAAAAAAAAAAAAAAAAAAACAAAAAAAAAAACAGCAGAAGAGGAAGUGGGAAUGAGGAAGUCAGUGGAAAAUAUGACUUAAAAUGUGGCAGAAAUGUAGAAGUAACAUUGCUGACUUUGAAGAAGAAAGAAAGGAGCUUCUAGAGGUUGGAAAAGCAAGGAAUCAAAUUUUCUUCUAGUGUUUUCCAAAAGACAUACAGUUUUCCAUACACCUUGCUUUUAGUCCAAUGAGACUCAUGCCAGACUCCUGAACUACAAAACUAUAGUUCAUGAUACAUUUGUGUCAUUUUAAGCUGUGAAGUUUGUGGUAAUUUUUUAUAGUGAGUAUAGGACGCUAAUAUAUUCUGCUUCUAAAAACGGGAGGUAUUUGUAUGUUUUAAGAACAUAUGAACAUUUUAAUCCAUUAUUGAGGAAACGAAAAGAGGCUAUAUUAAUGAGAAGAUAUGUGAUAUUUAAAAUAUUUAUACUAUGAAUAUACAGUAUUAUAAACAUAUCAAAUAUUUCUAUAUUGACAAAAAGAUUCAAUGCAAUCUAAAAGCUUGUGUGUGUGUGUGUGUGUGUGUGUGUGUGUGUGUGUGUUGCCAAUUAAGAACUGCUUAUGAAACUUUCUUGGCAAUGCUAAGUACCAAGAAUGGCUAAAAAAUAAAUAAAAAUAAAUAAUUGGAGGGUUUACCUUCCAAAAUCAAGUAUAUAGAAAAUCUCAGUUGUAUUUGUAUAGUAUUGGUGCAAGUUUACACAAAUACACUAAUUAAAGAAUACUGAACAUACAGAAAACUUCUUAUGCUUUUGAAAAUUCUAUCUGAACUGACUGAGUUUGAUUUGUCUUAGGCUGAAUCCCCUAGGAAUCUGAUAUCCACAGGUUACUACUGAAACCCCAAGAUACAUUCCAUCUCAAGGGAAAAUAGUUAAUACGGUUAGUCCUAUCCCUUUUGUGGGAAUAGAAAAUAGAGGGGCUCUGAUAACCUAUCAUCUUCUGGGAACAUGAGAAAAUGCAUAAAUAUUUUCAUUUUACCCCUUAAUAGAAUUUUCAUCAGCCUAAAGCUUUUACUUGCAUCCUUCUAAAUAGACACUUCCUACUAACCCUGUGAACCAGAAGAGAAGAGAGCCCAGUAAGUAGAAAACUGCCGGCAAUUAACAAGAAGAAAAACCCUACACUGGCUCUUUGAUUUUAUAAAAUAACAGAGACUUUACUUUAAUCAAUGUUCAAAUAGAGGUUGUGUCCUAGAGGACAUGGCCCUGGGAGAAAUAGGUUUUUAUGACACCAAUGAUUCUAUAAUAAGGAGAUAAAUAAUGGUAAGAGAAUAUUGAUUUCACGUGUAGACCAGCUAAUGUGACCAGUGCUGCAAAAGGUAACUCAGAAGAAAAGAGGGACUGGGUGUUGUGGUGCAUCCCUUUAAUCCCAGCAUUUUGGGAGGUUGAGGUGGGUGGAUUGCACCAGCUCAGGAGUUUGAGACUAGCCUGGGCCACAUGGUGAGACCUCGUCUCUAAAAAAAUACAACAAUUUUCUAGGCAUAGUGAUACAUAUCUGUAGCCCCAGCUACUCGGGAGGCUGAGAUGGGAGGAUCGCUUGAGCCUGGGAGACAGAGGCUGCAGUGAGCUAAAAGAGCUCUUUGGGUAGAAGAAAUGAGAUCAGAGUAGGAUUUGACUGAACCAACAAACCUUAGUUUGGAUGUUUUCUUUUGGCUUUCCUUCAUAGUUUUAAUAACUAGUUAUUAAUUUUUGUCACCUUUAAAUGUAUCCCCUGUAACCCCAGUGAAAGGUGCUUCCUGUCUGGAGGCAGUGAAUCAGUGCUCCAAGAAUCUGAGCUGCAAAUUAGCAUAAAUUAUAGAGACAUUUUGGUUUUUUUCACAGUUUGUUUUAGUCUACUACUUUUUAGACCACAAGAGAUCAUGUGACCACCAAUUUAGGGAGGACUUCAUGAAGACUCCACUGCUAUGUGUUAUCCCCAUAAGCUGCAUGCCAGUAGGAGUUCAGUCUGAAUCAGACCAGGAGAUGUAACUUGGAACAGACUUUCAUUCAGAGGAUUGACUUUUGGCAGUGAGAGCUAGUCACAUGUCUCCUAGGAAAAUAUAAUACGCCCACUUCAGCUAAUUAAUGACUGUCAGGGACAAAAUUAAGGGAGGGAAGCUCACCUAUGUAAAGCUUUGACUAGGGACUUGGCAGAUGUCACUAAAUCCUACUUGGGUUGAUCUACUCUUCCUUAUGAAGAAGGCUACAGAUCGUCACCAAACAAUAAUACAGAGCUGGCGUGAUAUUGCACAAAAUCCACUCUUUCCUUAAAAGCUUUUUGAAGGACUUUGUAAAUUUGUUGGGGAAGGUAAGACCCAAACCAUGGCUUAUGUUCUGGGGUGCCUCUCUAAUGUUGCGGUUCCCGGUAUCAUGACCCUGAUUCUCUUUCCUUUUCAAAAGUACUCUAUAAAAUAGGUCACACUAGCAAAGUUAAAACUCAAAGGGUGUUUUCAAUGCAAAAGCUGCCUUCAAGAGUGGGCUCUGUUUAGUACAAAGCUGGAGAUUCUCACAGAUGAGGUCCAAGCACUGGCAAGCCAGAACUGAAAACACUGGGGUAAAACUUCUUUUAUUAUUCUUUAUUUCAUCUUUAGAAGGUAUGAAUCUGCUCUGCUAGACUUUGCCUAGGACUAAUUCCCUUGGUGUUUUCUGUUAUGAAGGCAUUGUCAGACUCAUGGAGAGGUAAAGUGGUCUCCUUUACUAACAUCAGAGAUCCUCCAGAGUUUAGGACAUUGACUUUGAAGUCAUAAAUUAUGCUUUGAACUCACCGCUCUCUGCUUGAGUCAGAGUAAUGUUGUUCACUUGUCCCUUGUGUUUUCUGAUACAUACAUUUUCUCAUAUUAACGUUCCAGUAAACAUGUGCUCUGAACCAUAUUUCAAUCCCUCUGAAAUGAAACUCUACCAAAACACACAGCAUUGGAAUCUGCCUUUUCUUUUUUCUUCCCUUUUUAUUGAUUUUUCUUUUGUUUUAUGCACAUUCUUCAGUUUAUCAGACCCAUUGUCUGAAACAUGUUUGCUCUAUAAAAGUCAAUUGCUCCCCUUUUCUCAAAACUCAUUGUCAUCCAGCUUGAUAUUUUAAAUAUUUUUAUUAUUCUCUCUCUCCCUUCCGUGUCUCCCUACUCCUUUUCCUUAUACUUGUUUUUUUCCUGUCUUUAAAACCUGAAUCUAUCCUUAAUAAUCUGCAUUGAAAAAGAAAACCGGUUAAUUAUGUUUAAUCAUAUGAAAUUGCUGACCUACAAAAAUAAAACUAUUUCAUAGAUUUAUUAGUAAAUAUCUAAAGAAAUGAGGUGGGUCAUAUGCCAAAGAGAAGGGCAAAUGAAGGGUCUGAGGCCAAGAGAAGGGUUAGUUUUAGAGGUGCCAGCUCUUCCUGGGACAGGAGGUGCUUCAGUGUGGUUACACUGGAUGUGACAGUUGCAGCCCCCAACAAUGUUCCACACUGGCGGGGAACUGUAGGUUUCGUAGCCCAUUCUGACAGUUGGUUUGUCCUCAGGGCUCAAGAACCAGUGGAUCCCAGACUGAAGAGACCAUGUAUAACUUGAGUUGUUAUAACCCCAGUUCCUUUAUCUUUGUUGGAAUACCUGGCCUGGAGAAGUUCCACAUAUGGAUUGGGAUUCCCUUUUGUGUCAUCUAUGUUGUGGCUGUUGUGGGCAAUUGCAUCCUUCUCUACCUCAUUGCAGUUGAACACAGCCUUCAUGAGCCCAUGUUUUUCUUCCUCUCUAUGCUGGCCACCACAGACCUCAUCUUGUCCACUGCCACAGUGCCCAAACUGCUCAGUAACUUCUGGAUUGGCUCCCAAGAAAUAACCUUUUCUGGUUGUCUAACUCAGAUGUUCUUCCUCCACUUCAGCUUUGUGGUGGACUCAGCCAUCCUGCUGGCCAUGGCAUUUGAUCGCUAUGUGGCCAUCUGCUUCCCCUUGAGAUAUACCACCAUCCUGACUCCGCAAGUGAUUAUCAAGCUUAUGGUGAGCAUUGUUGUGAGAAGCUUCUCCAUCAUCCUACCAGAUGUUUUUCUGCUAAAACGGUUACCCUUUUGCAGGACACAUAUCAUCCCUCACACCUACUGUGAGCACAUAGGUGUUGCUCAGCUUUCAUCUGCAGACAUCUCCAUCAACAUCUGGUAUGGGUUUGCUGUAUCUCUCAUGACUGUCAUCUCAGAUGUGAUCUUCAUUGCUGUUUCCUAUGCCUUCAUCCUUUGUGCUGUAUUCCAACUCUCAUCCCAGGGUGCCCGCCAAAAAGCCCUCAGCACCUGUGGUUCCCAUGUCUGUGUCAUCCUCAUGUUUUACACCCCUGCCUUCUUCUCCAUCCUUGCUCAUCGCUUUGGGCACAGUGUUCCUCAAAAUGUGCUUAUCCUGUUUGCCAACCUCUAUGUGGCCAUCCCUCCUGCUCUAAAUCCUAUUGUUUAUGGAGUGAAGACAAAGCAGACACAGGACAAAUUUAUUCUCCUCUUCUCUUUGAAGAAGUCACAAUGAGUGGACACUGAAGGAAAAAUGUAUGUAAAAUUGAUUUGGUGAAAUUUUGUGUAACAUAGGGCAGCAUAAAGAUAAAGCUGUAACUCUUAUUAAUUUGAAAUUUCAACAUUCUACCUAUGUGCAAAGUAUAGGCAAGAGGGAGAGGGGAGAGAGAAAAAUCUUAUAAACUUCUAGAAAAUAAAGGACUUCUUUGGUUUAGUUUUUUUCACCACUUGUGUGAAGAAGCUGACGACGAAUACAGUAGAGCACUAAAACUAAAGCUUAUAUCUUUCCUAAUGCUAAUCUUAGUAUAUUUGAAGGAUGCAUAUUUUCUAACAUGGAAAUGCACCCCCGUGUUUCUCAGCUUAUGAAUUAAAGGUAAAGCCUCUUGCCUUCCCUUGUUAAGUAGUUAUCAAUCCUCUCUACUAUAAUUCUCAAACAUAUGGCUUCACACUUCUUUAGUCCAGAUUCUAUACAUUAUUAAUGCUUCCUUCUGUGCCCUUUACUUUCUCCCCUUAUCCAUCUCUUAUUACAUAGAGUUGCUUAUAUUUUGUGUAUUUAAUUGUAUGUUCCAAGAAAAUUCCAACCUUGGUUUUUCAUAACCCUAGACCUGUAUUUUAUAAGUAUUUAUAUAUUUAAUUAAGAAAAUAAUUAUGAGAGGGUAAUAUUAGUUAAUUUGGUUUACAGAUGAGGAAGCCAAAACAUAAAGAUUGCAGAAAGGUAAUUAAUAGAUCUACAGGAUCUAAAUCCAGGUCUGAAUGAUUCCAGACUCAACUCCUUAGCCAAUAACUUCCUGGGUAUCUACUCACAAAAAUGGUUUUCAAGCUUCUUAAACUUAAUUUCUCCAAAAUUUGCAUAGAAAUGUACUAUCUUCCUCUCUCUAAAAAAAAAAAAAAUAAAUAAAAAUAAAAAAACUCUUUCUUUUCUGUCUUCCUAAAUGACACUAUCAAAAACAGAAGUUUCCAAGCAAGAAAUCUAUCAUUUAUUCUUUAUUUCUCCUAAAUUACUCUCAAAGAAAAUUAAGUCAACGUUAGGUCUAUGAUUUGAGUCUGAGGUGGUUAUAAGUUAUUCCAGUGGAUACAUUCAUAACAUUCUUACCUUUAUUAUGGCUGUUGAGCUUGACUGGGCUCUAAUCUAUUAUCUGUCUCUCCGAAAGUAUUCCAAAAUCCUUUUGAAGGGGUUCCACUCUUGCUCCAUCCAAUCCACUUUCUCUAUAAAAGCCAGAGUGAUCAUUUUACAAUUCACAUAUGAUUAUGACACUUUGUACCUUGAAACUCUUCAAUGGUUCCAUUGUCCUCAGCGUCAUGCAUAAGUACUGUCCUUCCUUAGGGUCAUUGUAGGGAAUGCAAGACUUGAAUGAAAAGAGCGACCUUCUGUAAAACUAACAGCUUUGCACUUUAUUUACAUUUAUUUAUAUUUUAUUUUUGUUUAUUUACACUUUAUUUGCACUCCCCUGACUCUUAGAGAGAAUAAUUCCAGAAGUGAUAUUUUUCUUUUAUGUUAUCAUAUUCAGUGUCCUGUUUUUGUUUUUGUUUUGUUUUACAUAAAAUAAAACUUGGUGUGGGUGGAGAAUGUGUUGGGUGGAGUUGGGUAGGAUUUAUUCAAGCUCCUGUUAGGAAACUAUCCCAAGAUAACAACACCUAUUUCUUAAGAUCUCCACUGCAAAAGAAGACAUACAUUGCAUAUUAAAUUACUUGAGAGGAAGAAGUAAAGAGUAAAAUGGGUAUUCUGAGAUAAGAUCCUGUGUGUAUGUGAGUGUAUGAUAUGUGUGUGUGUGUGGUAUAUGUUGAUAUUUUCUUUGCUUCUGUAAUGCCCUGUAGCCAGAAAAGACACAUGUAGAGGCUGCUUCAUUUAUGCCACUAUUAAAAAUUGGCAUAUUUAUUUGCUUAUAUUUUUAUCUGCCCACAGCUAUGUUAUUGAUGCAGAAUUUUUCUCAGCCACUUUUGCCAGCUGGGGACCUCUGGAUGGUGAUGCCCCUGCCCAGGCCUUGCUCAGGCCAAGGUUUGCCGCAGAAGAUGCCCCAUAUAUUCAGUCUGCUGGGCCAUUCCCGGCCUACACUCUGGUGCAAAUCCCACAGUGGUUGUGACUGUGCACUCAGUCCCUGGCAGGAGAGGGUGGGUGAGCGAGAAAGUGUGGGGUCUGGCCAGCUGUUCUGAGUGCCAGCACAGUAGCAGGGUCUGUGCAGGGCUUGCAGCCAGACCAGGGACCAGGAGUGUCACAAGCUACUCUUGCGGUGGACUUUAGCAUCCAGACAAAGGGAAUGUGGUGGCAACUAGGCAAGGGUGUCCAUGACCCUGAAGCCUCAGAGGGGAUGUUAUAGUGUGCUAAUUAGCUCUUUUAGUACUGUUGUCUGCAGCCUGAUGAAUGGCAGCACUUUAACAGCUCUGUCAGCCCCUUACCUUGCUCCAGCCCACGACUCUGGGUCUAAUUUGGCCCUGCUACUGCUUCCUGUUGCAUGGGGUGGCUUCCCUCUGCCAGCAGAGGGCAGAGGGCCACAGUUCUUACAGCCUCCAAUAUACCUACAUUCAGUGGGUCCCAAGUUUUUGUACCAUGUCCAAGAAGAAUGAGAUCACACUGACAAUAAAUGGGUGAAGAGGUCAGGGAAGAAUUUUACUGAGCAACAAAAUAGCUCUCAGCAGAGCAGGGACAUAAGGGUGGUCUCCCACCAGAAGUCACAUGGUUUCUCUCUCUGUGUGGCUGGAUCUGAGGCUUUUAUGGGAUCAGAAUGGGCAGUGCAUGCUGAUUGGUUUGUGAGUAUGCAGAAAAGGCUAAAACAAAAGCACCACUCAAAGGUGGGCACAACAGUGUAAAAAACUAAUUAGGGAAGGGAAGGUAUAUGUAAAAUAGGUGAAGGGUGAGGAUCAAUCAGAGGAAAGUGUGCCAUAUGGAAAGAGAGGUUCUCAAUCCAGUUGUGGACUUACCCAGGAUUUUUAGCUUGGCUUUCAGGCUUUAAGCUGUCUUUGGUUUGAAGGUAGGGUUUCACCAGGGACCUGCCCCUGUCUGUCUAGGAUUUGUCUGCCUCCUGCUGCCAUCAUUAUGAGCUCCUCGAAGGCAGAAACUUAGUCUUAGGCACCUUCUUACACCCUGUCCAAUGAAAAUACCUGCCAAACCAUGUGAUUUCAGUAUGUUUCAUACAUAUUCAAACUACAUCAGAAAUGUAUUCCUUCAAGCUGUCAUCCUAACUUUUUCUUUCUUCCUUUUCUAGCCAGCUUAGAUUCCAGAAUGCAUUGAGUCAUUGUCUUAUGUCCUAAACUUCCCUGUCUCUUCUACACACUCAGUUGAAAAAGUAUUCCUAAAAUCUUGAUAAAGUUAGUUCUGUGUUUUGGAGAAGAUGGCAAAAGUGACCACAAACUGUUACUACUGCAAGUGAAUUACAAUAGUACAGCUGUCAUACUUGCCUGGUUUCAGCUUCUCAAAUAAACCAAAUGUUUCCUUGCUUAUUCUCUUUACUAUUCUUUGCUUGACAACUCAUGUUUAGGCUUCAGUUAAAAUUCCUUCCUCAGAUAUUCCUUCUUUAAUCCUGCACACUAGAUUAGUAUCACUUGCAUAUGUUUUCAUGACACAAUGUAGUUUUUAUUUUAGGACUAUUCACAACUUGAAUAAGGUGAUAACUUAUACUCUUAGUUUUUAGUGUUUAUCCCUUUCAUUAGGUCAUUGAAGACCAGUUUAGUGUCCACCUUGUUUAUCACUGUUUUCUCAGCACCUGUAAAGUUUUUAGCACAUGUAAGUGCUCAAUAAGUACUUGCUGAAUAGAUGGGUUGAAACAAAUGAGUUUUAAUUAAUUCAUGAAAUCCCUAUUUUCCAUGGUAAGAAUCUGCCUGAAUUUGUAACUCAGCCUAAUCAGAAAGAUAAUUCUGAAGAGUCAACGAGAAAGGUUUAUUUUCUUCAUAGAAAGUUGAUAAUUGUUAUUUCACUUAUUCCUUGAUCCUUGUCUAUAAUCAUUUCCAAGUAAUUUUCUUUUUCACAGUUGUGGAAACUAGUUUUCAAAACAGUUAAGUAUUUUGCUAUAGCACAAGUGAAGGGAUAAGGAAAACAAGGAAAAAAUUCUAGAUUUUUUGACACUUGACUUGGAAAUUAGAUUCCUCGUUGGACUUAUGGGAGGCUGUGUUUAGAGUUUUCCUAAGUACUCAUGUUGGAUCUAUAAUUUUUAGUCCUGUAUGUAAUUUACCCCAUACCAAUAGACUACUAAUCUGUACUCUAAAUAAUGGAUUAAAAACAAAGUUGAUGUUGAUUCAGCACUGAAGAAAGAGAAUUACCAAGCAAGUCUGGCCAUUGAGGAAAGUAUCAGAAAAGGGAGGCCUCUGAAUACCUGGGGGGAUGGCAGCCUCAAUGAGAAAUAUUUUCAGGAUUUUGUCGUCUAAGGUUAGAGGGGGAUUCCUUUUAAUUCAACAGGCAUUUGUUCAUUACCCACUAUGAAGUAAUCUCUUCCAAGGAUUGAGAAAAUAAAACAUUCCCUGCACAAGAAGUUUUAGGAGCGUUAGCCUAAGUCCAGGGACAUGACAAACCCAAUUCUUGCAAAGUUUCUUUAUCAAGUUGCUGAUCGAGCUAGAUAAAAACCUUGCUGAGAUUCAGUACGCUACUGUUGUGGCUCAGAACAUGAUAACUCAAAGUAUGGUAUCUUGGCACCUUGAGUGCUUUGAACUGAAGGAGAUCGAGAUUGGAAGGGCCUCCCAAGCAAGAUGUCUUGUCUUACUUUCUUCCACCCUCUUUUCUCCUUCUCUCUUUCUCCCUCAAAGCAGGUCAUGGAAACUAGACUUACUUACUUAUUCCCCAAGGCAUGUCAUAGAAACUAGAACUCAUCUCCCUCAAAGCAAGCCAUAAAACCUAGAGAAGUCACUCUCUGAUCUACCUCCACUGAAAGUAGUCUAUAGACCCAUAUUCCAGAGGGUCUUGCCCCAUAACUGGAGUGAAGGAGGGAAAGGGCUUCUCUACACAGAGAAGCCAAGAAGAAUCUGAACAAAUAGAUCUUGCUAAGUUCUCCUUAGUUUGUUACCAUUAGAUCAUACCCUUUUAGUCCAAUCACAUUUCUACACAGCCCUCCAUCUUUCUUUGAACCUAAGCAUUAAAAAAAACCCUGGGUUUUGGGGUUUUUAUAUUUGAUGUCUCCUGUGUCAUGUAAAACUUUGAUUAAAUCAAUUUAUUAUACUUUUGUUAAUCAGUCUUUUGUCAUAGGGGUGUUGGCCAUGGACCUUGAAUAGACGAGGAAAGGGUAUAACACCUUUUUACCCUUACACUACUUUCUUAGAUUCAAAAAUUCCCAAUUCACCACUAAUAAGAGCAGAAGUAUAGAUUUUUAAGAUGAGAAAGUGUUAAUUUGGUUGAAUCCUUGCUCAUAUCCUAGACUAACUUGGGGCCUUGGGACCUAUAGAUCCCCUGGCUCAGAGGCCCUCUGACCUAACCUGUCUCUAAUCCCUGGAGAACACGAGGGGUGUACUUUUGUAUGUCACUCCUGUAGGCUCUGUGUUAGUUCUUCCCUACUACAAGCAUGAUCCUAUGUCUAUCCCUUUUGUUCUGUGUCUGUCCUUCCUGAGCCUGGGACUACUUCUCCUGUCCUUUGGUCUGUAUAUUGCCAGCUGUGCUUCCACACACCCUACUUUUUAUCCUGCUUUUUGCAAAAUCCAGUUCCAGCACCAAGGCCUCCAAGGUAUCAGUUGGUGGAGAAUAGUGAGGAACUAUUUGGUAGUGAAGCUGGUGGGGAGUAGAGCAGAUGAGAAAUAGAUCUGGUGAAGAGGACAGAAGGAGUUGGAAAAGGGUGGGCUCCAAAAAAAGGAAAGGCCAAGAUUAAAACUUUGAAAGUAGUUUUUAGAUCCAACAGUUAUUGUAAGAGACUACAGAAAAAGAGAAGUAUCUACUUGGAGCUUCCUUCUGAGCCUCCCCCUCUGCUCUCUUCAAAAUGUUUUCAAGUUGGCAGGGUGAGGUUGCUCACGCCUAUAAUCCCAGCA